GCGCGGGCGGACGAAUCUGAGAGUGAAGAAAUUUAUUCAAAAGCGGGAGUGAUUCAUACAUCGAUAUCAUACGACGUCUGCAAGCUCACCUUACGACACUGCAGUUGUCCAAUUUGCUCUCAAAAAUCUACCAAAAUGCGGGAAUGUAUCUCAGUCCAUGUCGGCCAAGCCGGAGUCCAGAUGGGCAAUGCCUGCUGGGAGUUGUACUGCCUGGAGCACGGCAUCCAGCCUGAUGGCCAGAUGCCCUCAGACAAGACCAUCGGAGGUGGUGACGACUCCUUCAACACCUUCUUCAGUGAGACUGGAGCUGGCAAGCACGUUCCUCGGGCCGUGUUCAUCGAUCUCGAGCCUACCGUAGUCGAUGAGAUCCGUACCGGUACCUACCGACAGCUCUUCCACCCCGAGCAGCUCAUCACCGGCAAGGAGGAUGCUGCCAACAACUACGCCCGUGGUCACUACACAAUCGGCAAAGAACAGAUCGAUAACUGUCUGGAUAGGAUCAGGAAACUGGCUGACCAAUGCACGGGUCUUCAGGGAUUCCUCAUCUUCCACAGCUUCGGGGGCGGCACCGGCUCCGGGUUCACCUCCCUGCUCAUGGAGCGUCUCUCUGUCGACUACGGAAAGAAGUCCAAACUAGAGUUCGCCAUCUACCCGGCUCCUCAUAUCGCAACCGCCGUGGUGGAACCUUACAACGCCAUUCUCACAACCCACACCACCCUGGAGCAUUCCGACUGCGCCUUCAUGGUCGACAACGAGGCCAUCUACGACAUCUGCCGUCGCAAUAUGGAUAUCGACCGCCCUUCCUACACCAACUUGAACCGUCUCAUCGGCCAGAUUGUUUCCUCCAUCACCGCUUCUCUGCGGUUCGACGGCGCCCUCAAUGUUGAUCUGACGGAAUUCCAGACCAACUUGGUGCCAUACCCACGCAUCCAUUUCCCUCUUGCCACCUACGCUCCGGUCAUCUCUGCCGAGAAGGCCUACCACGAGCAACUGACCGUCGCAGAGAUCACCAACGCCUGCUUCGAGCCAGCCAACCAGAUGGUGAAGUGCGAUCCUCGUCAUGGCAAGUACAUGGCGUGUUGUCUCCUGUUCCGUGGUGAUGUUGUCCCCAAGGAUGUCAACGCUGCCAUCGCUCACAUCAAGACCAAGCGCACCAUCCAGUUUGUCGACUGGUGCCCCACCGGCUUCAAAGUCGGUAUCAACUACCAGCCACCAACCGUUGUGCCCGGUGGCGACUUGGCCAAGGUCCAGCGUGCCGUCUGCAUGUUGAGCAACACUACAGCCAUCGCUGAGGCUUGGGCCCGUCUAGACCACAAGUUCGAUCUCAUGUACGCCAAGCGCGCCUUCGUCCACUGGUACGUCGGAGAGGGUAUGGAGGAAGGAGAGUUCUCCGAGGCACGUGAAGACUUAGCCGCCCUUGAGAAGGACUACGAAGAAGUUGGUGUCGACUCCGUUGACGAACAAGCUGAAGAUGAUGACGAGGAAUAUUAAACAUUUCGGCGAUUUUAGACGUCGGCCAUGAGAGUCGAUGCUAAAAAAGUCAGUCUACCGAACAACUCAUCUAAUACAAAAUUUUGUUUCACAUGAACGCCUUGCACAAUCUUCUUUUAACCAAAUUUAAGCAAGCAACAAAAUAUCCUGAAGCAAAUCUUUCCGAUGAUAAAAAAGAAGAAACGCCCUGUUUUAUUGGAACAAAAAAGUACAUGUACAUCGAACAAAACACUUUUUAUUAAAAAGAGCUUUAUAAAGUUUUUCCACUAUAUUUUGCCUUUUAGCGAGCAAUGUGCAAAUUGUACUUUUUAUACGAAAACAAGUACAUGUACAUCUAUCUGCAAUAUUUGUUUGUUACUUGUUAGCUGCAAUAUGAAUUUUUAAUGGAAUCAUUAUACGUUUUACAAAAGAGCAAACAGUAAUGUACUUGUAUUAAACCUCAUCGAACAAAGAAACGGCAUUACAUUCUCAAGAAAAA